GCACAUGAUAAGUCGAGAAAAGAUCGUAAGAAAGAGAACAACACGUCUAUAUCAAAGAUACCACUCAAUCAAUGUAAAACAUAUUAGGGUUCAUCAAAUCCGGAACAACUAGAAGAUUAGCCGGACAUGAUGAGAUUUAAAAAGAUGAAGGUUGAGAACAUUACCAUGAUGAUGACGAUGACAAAGACGGAGGGGUUGAGAAUACGGUAUGUAUAUUGAGUUAAUAGAUUACACCUAGUGAUAGACCGUUAAUUACACAUGUUUUUACCCCUGUUCUUACACCGUUUGAGAUGUGAUUUCUCGUGGUUUAGACCGAUUUCACGCUAGGUUGUGCUUGUUUGUGAUGUUUCAGGUCCUAGUACGUGAAUGAAGGCUUAGGAGCGAGUCUGGGGUCGAUUGGACGAAGAACGGACGAAUGGCGAGGUUUUUGGGGAGCUGCACGGGCAGACCAGGGAGGCUGCACGGCCGUGCACGUGAGCAAUAUGGCCGUGCGCCUUAUGCCGAGGACACGCACGGGCAACCCCUGAAGCUCGCACGGCCGUGCACCCUGGCCGUGCGAGAGGGCUGAAGUUCGACUAAAUGACACGCUGCGUUUUGAGUUGCACGGCCAGAAUGGUGAUAUGCACGGCCGUGCACCCUGGCCGUGCGAGUCGGGAUUUCCUGGUUUUAAGCCAAAUUCCGAACCAAAGAAAGGGAGAGCUGGGUUUUGGAUCCCAAACACCCAAGGGACGAACCCUAGAGAGAGAGGGCGAUUUGAGGGCAUUCUUGGAGUAGAGAAGGAGGAUUUCUUCGCCUUGGAAGCUCGAGGAACAAGCCCGGACUUGAAGACUGAUCAUCUGAAGAUUCUAACUGCAGUCUCUCUCUUCUCUAUGGAGUAACUUCCCUUCACUUAGGUUUUGAGGAACCCUAGCUAUGUUUGUUUGAUUGGAUGAUUGUAUGAGUACUCUGACUUGAUAAUCUUGAGUUCAUAUUCAAUCUAUGCAUGUUUUCAUGAUUCAAUUCUGCUUUAGUCGAGAUUAUUGAUUCUGCUUUGAUUCUAUGAGAGGGAAUACCUGAUUAGGUCAAUAGAGCACCAUAGAUUGAUAGUAGUGGAUCGAUUGCUUUAGUCGAGGGUUGAUUCACUGCUUUGUAUCGAUUGAGAACCCCUUUCGAUAGAGGGAGUCUAGUUCAGAACGCCUUGAUCAGUUGUUCUAGAGAAGGAUACGUCCCUCUAGGCAAUUGACUCAAGAGGGCCUUGUUCCUUUAGUCGAGACUCAAGGUCUAGUCAAGGAUUCUCCGCAUUGUGAAUGAAAGUGAAACAGGUUAGAGAUCAUCAAUCGUUAAUCUGGCUAGUGGCUAGGGGGAAUCAUACCUAAGUGAGUUCCCAACCUGUAAUUAGAUUAACUUUAACUGUAGUUUGCUAGAGUAGUUUUAGUUCUUUCAUCUUAAUCUGAUUUGCUAAAUAAUAAACUGAAGCUGAGUAAUAGUAACUCUAGAGACCCGUGGAUUCGAUAUUUAUCACUUGAGCCACUAUACUGCAGUCCCUUUCAUUGGUUACACUUGGCCAUUGUUAGGAGUUGUGUUUUAGAGCAUCAAGUUUUUGGCGCCGUUGCCGGGGACUUUCUAGAGUAUUAGGAAAGGCAGAAGUUUGUUACUUUAGCGUUUUUCUUUUCUUUUCUUUUCCACCCUUGCUUUUCACUUGGGUGUUUUUGUUUUUGUUGGUGCAGAUCUGAAUCAUGGAUCCUAAUGGCUUCUCCAAUCAUUGGGGGUAUCCACCACCAUCUGGGUGGUAUUACCCCGAGACUCCCUGGAGCAAUCAAGGCGGAGAAGACUAUGGAUUCGGGUUCCAGUACCAACCCCCUUACUACGGAGAACAACCGGACCCCUGGGCAUAUCAAGAACAACCUCAUUAUCAAGAAGAAUUUCUCCCACAACCAGAAGUGCCAUCGGCGCUGGAGUUACUCAUGGAGCAGUUUGCUCGAGACUGUGAGAGAACAUGCUCCAGGAUGGAUCAGUGUGUCCAGGCCUAUCGUGAAACAGAUGAGAUCCUCCUGAGCCUUAAGAAGAGCGUCGAUGAUCUUGAGCGAUCUUGGGGGCAACCUGCUCCAGAUCACCCUUCUGCUACCAUACAAGAAGAGGAGGAGGAAGAAGAAGGCUACAAGGGCAUUGUGGAACACACUGAAGUUGUCACGGAGAGCUCCCGUGAUGAUCAUGAUCAGGCGUGUCAUGUCGUAGCCGACCACACCUUCCCACACCCCAAACUGAGCUUUGAAGAGGCGGGCAUGAGUGAGGAGAUGCAAGAAGAUCUCAUGAAAGAAAUUGCUUGGCAACUUGCUCUCCAAUCCGUGCUAGAAGAAGAAGAGCAAGAAAGGGUGCAGAAAGAAGUUGUGGAGGAUGACGAAAGUGAAGCAGGAGGAGUUCUUGAUCAUUUCCCAGGGGUGAUACCACAUGAAGAAGGAAGGGAGGUUGAAGAAGCAAUUGGCGUCCAGGCUGAGGACGAAGUUGAGGUGGAAGAGGCUUGCACCGGCCAUGAGUUACAGGUGAUAUCUCCACCAAACUUCGAGGAACUGCUUAGCAAGGACCCAUUUGCAGUGUCUCUUUGCCAGACCAAGGCCACCUCGACAUCGGUCCCUCUUGGUGGACGCGAUGGUGGCCAAUCGAUGCUGUCUUAUCUGGUUUGGGGCAAUGAGACGAGAGAAGAGAAGAAGAGGUCUCGAGGGUGGAGACUUCAUCUGCAUCAAGUACAUGAGCCUUCAUCACCUGCCACAUCACAUGCUCAUGACUUGAGACUCCACCUCAUCGACGAGAACCUCAACUUCAAGGAGGUUCUAGCAUGGACCGAAACUUAGGAGCCAUCGUCCGGCUCAUGACGUGAAAGAAGCGCUUGUUGGGAGGCAACCCAACCAGUCGGUUUGCAUUUCUUUCUCUUUUUCUCCUCGGUUGAGUCAUUUUUUUUAUUUGAUUUUAGAGUCAAUAACUCAACCUUUGUGAGAUUCUGUGUUGUGUUUGUGUUCUGACCACUCUCUCCUCCGGGAAUACACCGCCUGACCCGUUCAUCAUCAUUCACCCUUGAUCUGGUAACUUCGUUCUACCCUCUUUAUCUUUCCUCCAUUGAGGACAAUGUCGUGCUUAAGUGUGGGGGGAUGUUCGAUUAUUUAUGCGGGUGAAUGUUUGGCUGUUUGUGUCUUGGAGCCUAGUCCACUGUCCAAAUUUCGAUUUGAGGGCUCUAAGUACGUGUUCCUUGCAAUUGCCUGCUCAGUAUGCUUUGAAUUGACAGUCUUUAUAGUAAUAUGCAACCUAGGGAGGUAGUGUAGCACUAUGGAGGAUGUUGAUGCAUUUAAGAAGUCUCAUUUCUUCUUCAUAUUGUGUUGGUUGAUUGUGUGAAUUAGUGAUCUUAGGACCCUUGAAUUGUGUGGUGUUGUGGACUCUCUGCCUGUCAUGGACUCUUGUAUCAUGUUUUGAGUUUAACAGGUGCUCGAAAAUGUGCUUCAAAAUAAACGUCUCCCGUGCGAAUAGGGCGAAAGUGUGUAAGGGGAGACGGGAAUUCGUUCCCAAUUUCCACCUACUACCUCCAGCCCCCUUACAUGUCUUUCCCCCGCACGAGGCUCGAGACAUCCGCUCCUAGCAUGGCCGGUAAGAGCAGGUUGGGACCCUUGAAAAAGAAAAGAAAAGAAAAAUAUCAGAAAACAAGCAAAACAGGAAAAAAAAGGGGUCUCAACCAUCUUCAAGAAGAAAAUAGAGCACCUUGAAAAAUGUGAGUCCAUGAUCCUUUGUUUUUGAGAAUCUCUUCAUCCACAAUUCAUUUGUCCUCUGUUCACUAUUUGCCAUGAUGCCGACUCGCCGAAGAAGUUAUGAGAUGACUUGUGCGUCGGUUGACCUCGUAAGCUGCUAAAUGAUCUAGGAAGUCCUCUACCUACGAUCUGGGUUGUUUGUUGCUAUAGAGGUCUGGAGAAUUGCAUUGGUUUGAGUUAGGUUUGCUUGGGGACAAGCAAACGGUUAAGUGUGGGGGAGUUUGAUAGACCGUUAAUUACACAUGUUUUUACCCCUGUUCUUACACCGUUUGAGAUGUGAUUUCUCGUGGUUUAGACCGAUUUCAUGCUAGGUUGUGCUUGUUUGUGAAGUUUCAGGUCCUAGUACGUGAAUGAAGGCUUAGAAGCGAGUCUGGGGUCGAUUGGACAAAGAACGGACGAAUGGCGAGGUUUUUGGGGAGCUGCACGGGCAGACCAGGGAGGCUGCACGGCCGUGCACGUGAGCAAUAUGGCCGUGCGCCUUAUGCCGAGGACACGCACGGGCAACCCCUGAAGCUCGCACGGCCGUGCACCCUGGCCGUGCGAGAGGGCUGAAGUUCGACUAAAUGACACGCUGCGUUUUGAGUUGCACGGCCAGAAUGGUGAUAUGCACGGCCGUACACCCUGGCCGUGCGAGUCGGGAUUUCCUGGGUUUGCUUGGGGACAAGCAAACGGUUAAGUGUGGGGGAGUUUGAUAGACCGUUAAUUACACAUGUUUUUACCCCUGUUCUAACACCGUUUGAGAUGUGAUUUCUCGUGGUUUAGACCGAUUUCACGCUAGGUUGUGCUUGUUUGUGAUGUUUCAGGUCCUAGUACGUGAAUGAAGGCUUAGGAGCGAGUCUGGGGUCGAUUGGACGAAGAACGGACGAAUGGCGAGGUUUUUGGGGAGCUGCACGGGCAGACCAGGGAGGCUGCACGGCCGUGCACGUGAGCAAUAUGGCCGUGCGCCUUAUGCCGAGGACACGCACGGGCAACCCCUGAAGCUCGCACGGCCGUGCACCCUGGCCGUGCGAGAGGGCUGAAGUUCGACUAAAUGACACGCUGCGUU